AUGGACCUGCUCUCCAGCAUCCGCAAGUCUGGGUCCAGAGGAGGCGUCAACUUCAGCUGGGACGAAGUCGCAAGUUCCAGCCACCGCGAAAACUACCUCGGACACAGCCUCAAGGCCCCCGUCGGACGAUGGCAAAAGGGCCGCGAUCUCAACUGGUACGCCAAAGCCGAUGACGAAUCAGGAAAGGACGAGACUGGCGAGACGGAAGAGGAGCGUCGCGAGAGGGAACGCAAAGAGGAACUGCGAAAGGUCAAGGAGGCCGAGGAAGAUGCCAUGGCUUUAGCUCUGGGGCUCCCUCCUCCUGUGCGGAAUAUACCGGAGUUCUUUAUUCAAGUCAAGAGUCAAUCACAUUUUGCAAGCGAGUUCAGGUGA